AUGAAGCUUCUUGAUCUCCUCACCGUUGCCUUUACCCUUAGCGGUGUCUCUUCCGCUAUCCCUACCACUGGGGCAAAGACACUCGAGCCUAUCACCGGAACCGUUGUUUCUAGCGGUGUCACUGAGGAUGGCGAGCCUUACACUAUCACCUCUGACUUCGUUGAUUUGACCGAUACGGACUUGGCGCUUUUCGAGGGCAACUCCGGAAAUACCACGACCAACCUCGAAAAACGCGGCUUCGGCGCUAAGGGCAACUGUGACCAGUGGUACGAAAACAAGUACUGCUACUGCGGCGGCGCAAUUUCGAACCGUGGAGAUUCCUACUGGGGUAGCCAGGAUUUCUGCAACACGCAUAAGUUCAAGAACUUCCGCGACGGAUCUCUCUACUCUGUCAAGUGGCUGCCCACGGUCAAGAUCGAGUAUUGGGUUACGAACAAGUGCAAACACGACAGAUAUGUUGGAGACAACUGCGGUUCUAUCUUCCUCGACCUCAUCGAUUGGUGCGAAUGGUCGUGGAUGACUGCUAAGGGAGGACAUCAGAACUUUGAUGACUGUCUUUUCUUCAGAUUCGAUGUGAAUGGCCGUUAG